AUGACCAUCUUUGUAGGCUGCAACAGAGAGCUGCAAAUCAGCGACUACAGUCCUGCGCACAGGCUCGUUGCGUAUGGCGCGAGGAAUGCAAUCGCCCUGUGGCGGCCUGGCGAGAUGCACCGCGGCGUGCUGUCCACGGCAAAGGCCCAUACGGCGCAUGUCGUCGCUGUCAAAUGGGUGCCAGAAUCGCCAUAUCUAGUGUCUGCAGCCGAGGACCACAGCGUCAAGGUCUGGAGAUUUAGCAGCGAGACUACAUCGCUCGAUGUGGUGCACGAUUUGCCGGCCCACAACGCCAGUGUCACUGCCCUGGCCGUGACCAAGGAAUUUCUUGUCACCGGCGGUGCGGAUGGCAAGAUCAAGGUCUGGACAUUCGCAGACGGGCCUUCUGUGCGGCUGGUGGCUGAGCAGAAUGUGACGCCUGGAUUUUUCCCGCUCUCGCUCGCGCUCGUUACCGUGGAGCCAGGAAAGCACGUUCUUUUCGCCGGAGGGUCCAAGCCGCAGUUCCAUGUGUUUUCGCUUGCUGCCAACGGCCCGUUGCAACACUGUGCCACACUCCCCGGCCAUGAGGACUGGAUCAAGGCCAUUGCCAUAAAAAAACAGGGCCCCGACGAGUUUCUUGUCGCUUCUGGCUCUCAGGACAGAUACAUCCGGCUGUGGAAGCUGUGUUUGAACGACGCCAUCUCCAAAGCCGACACUUCGAACCAGCUGGGACUGCUGAUGAACAAGCAGCACUUUUUCGACAUUGACGACACAACUAAGUGCGCCAUUAAUUUUGAGGCCAUCAUCAUGGGCCACGACGACUGGAUUUCGAGCCUCGUCUGGCACCCGUCGAAAACCGUGCUACUAUCCUCGUCUGCAGAUACGUCGAUUAUGAUUUGGGAGCCGGACGAAAGCAGUGGUGUCUGGGUGUCGUCAAUGCGUCUCGGAGAGAUGAGCAUCAAGGGUGCGUCCACAGCGACGGGGGCUUCUGGAGGUUUUUGGAGCGCGCUCUGGCUAUUUGAAAACGACACAGAAAUUAUCCUUGCAAACGGCAAAACCGGCUCUUUCAGAUGCUGGGCCCGAAAAGAUGGCUCAGACGACCAAUACGAGCAGCAGCCAUGUUUGACAGGCCCGAUGAAAGAGGUCACAGACGUGUGUUGGUCUCCUUCUGGGGAAUAUCUUCUUACUACGUCGCUCGACCAAACAACGCGACUCUACGCCAAAUGGCUACAAAAAGGCACCUGGCAUGAGUUUGCAAGACCGCAAAUCCAUGGCUACGACAUGAUUUGCGUCAAACCGAUCUCAAACUCCCGGUUCGUCUCUGGCGGCGACGAAAAAAUCAUGCGGUCGUUCGAUGAGCCUAAGGCCGUCGCAGACAUGCUCCAAAGACUCUGUGGCGUCGCCUCCGAUGAUGUCGACGCCAUGCCGGCCAGCGCGUCACUGCCGGUGCUUGGUCUGUCCAAUAAAGCAGAAACAGAGACGGAAAAUCAAGAGCCAACCUCCGACGACGAGACGGCAGAUAACGGGGCCCAGACAGCCAACUUGUCAACCAAACUGCUAGGACAAUUGGAAACGCCGCCUUUGGAAGACAUUCUUCAACGACACACGCUCUGGCCGGAGAUCGAGAAGCUGUACGGCCACGGUUUCGAGAUCACCACUCUGGACGUGUCUCCGGACGGAAAACUGAUAGCCUCGGCGUGCCGAUCGAACGUGCCGUCCCACGCAGUUAUCAGACUGUUUAGAAUAGACUCUUGGCUCCAGAUAACGCCGCCGUUGGCCGGCCACGACCUCACCAUCACCAGACUUCGCUUCUCGCCAGAUGGUGGCUACCUGGUGAGCGUGUCACGUGACCGGAAAUUCACGUUGUGGAGACGAAGCGGCGAGUUUGGGUACGAACUGGUGGAAAAGCGCGAGAAGGCGCAUUCCCGGAUCAUCUGGGACGUGUGCUGGCUGCCGUUUAAGGGCGAGGCGGCUUAUUUCGCCACAGGAUCGCGAGAUAAAUCGGUCAAGCUGUGGCGAGUGGCGCCUGCUGGAGAGGUCGAGAUGGUGGGUAGCGUGAAGCUCGCGGCACCCGUGACGGCGUUGGACUGCUACAACCAGACAAUUGAUGGGUCGGCUCUGGUGGCCGUGGGACUCGAAAAGGGCCAGAUCUCGACGUACACGGUGGAUAUGCAAGGCAAUUUCGAACUGGUGCAACAGCUGGACGAAAAAAACGUGCCGGAUGACAAGGUCACGCGGCUGAACUGGUGUCCAAAGCCCGAAAAUGCAGACGAGCUGCUGCUAGCGGCAGGAAGCGGCGACUGCUCUGUGCGGAUUUACACUGUUGCGACGCGUCGAUCGACGCCAAGCAUCUAA